CUCUAUCCACUCAAAUCAUUUUUUCUUCUGUCUCAAGAGGCAGCAAGAGGUAGGCUUGAAAUUUUUGUAAUUCAAGAUUCAAUUAUUUAUUUCGAGGCGAGAAAGGAGGGUUCGGCACGAUGAGUCGUUUGAAUCCUCUUAAACCUGAAGCAUGCCGAAGAACAGUGAGUCUUGAAACAGUUCAACAGCACCAUGAUAUUCAUGAACACAAACUUCACGGUAAAAGGGAGAUUUACAGAAACCGCAACGAAACAUACGCGAGGUCGAUGUACGGGAAUCCAGUGGAGAAAGAAAGAGUCAAGCAAGAGAGCCGUUCAGCACUGUUGCAACAAAUGAAAGAAAAAGACAUGGCCCACCAAACACACUUGUCUGAAAGAACAAAGGAAAGUGACUUUGCUAUAAACUAUGACAGGAUCUGUUUACAGCAGGACAAGGAAGAGCGAAUCAACAAAGAGAAAUAUCUGCAACAGUUUCGGAAUGAAAACAAGCGGUUGAUGGAACUGCGUGCAGAACAACAAAAGAAAAACAGGCAAAUGAGACAUCUGGAGGAGAGGAACCUUCUACAACAGAGCCCCAUAAACUGGAGUCACACUCUACACUGAAAGACAUUCGAAAUUAAUAUAAGUGGCACCACUUUGAUUAACAAAAUUUGCUUUUUUAUAGUUAAUUGAUUUUAUUUGUGGUGUGUUCUUAACCAAAUAAUUUAUUGACAGCCUGUUAAAUAGAAUUACAGGACUGGUAUACUUCAAAAGAAGCUACACUUGUCCACCACAACAGAGAAUUCCACUCUUGACUAAGCUUUUCAAACCAAGGUUUGUUGGAGUGGUACUAAACUCAGAUACUUUACAGUGUAAUAUUUAAACACUGAAUAUUAAUCUUCAAUGAAUUAAAAUGUAAUGACUAAAUUUUAGAGUUCUAAUGGUUACUAAAUUUUUUUUCCAAGCCACCAUACACAAGGGUUAAAAUUAAACUUUCACAUAUUUUCAAGUGCUUAUUAAAGCAUUCAAGCAUAAAAAUGUUCAGAAAAUAAUUUUUGAGUACAAGAGCCCAUGUCACAUACAUUUAAUUUGUAAUUUCCCUUUUGGGACACCUACUCAGACAAGGAACACAGAUUGUGGCCCUGUCUGGAAAUGAUGCUCCUAUCACAUCCGUACAGAGGAGACACUUUUCCUAGCUGUAAUCAUGUCUCUGGGAGAUAUGUUUCCCUGCAAGACUGUUGUAGCACAUGUAGAACAAGUCUCAGUAUGUUGUAGAAAUAAAAGAUGUGUGCACAACCUUA